AUGGAGCGUCUGAUUGUGGCCAUGCAGGACCCAGAUAUCGGCAUCAAAAUGAGAAACCAGCGCUUGCUAAUCACGGUUAUUCCCCACGCCAUGACCGGUAAUGACGUUGUGGAAUGGCUCAUACAGAAACUUUCCAUCAAUGAGGAAGAGUCCCUGCACCUUGGGAACUUGCUUGUGAAGUAUGGAUACAUCUACCCCCUGAAGGACCCCAGGAACCUCAUCCUGAGAGCCGACGAUUCGCCGUACAGAUUUCAGACCCCGUACUUCUGGACAACCAAUAAAUGGCCUGCUACAGAACUGGACUAUGCUAUUUAUCUGGCAAAGAAAAACAUCAGAAAACAAGGAGAUCUGGUGGAGUAUGAGAAGGAUAAUUAUAAUCAGCUGCACAAACGAAUCAACCACACGUGGGACUUUGUGGUGAUGCAAGCACGGGAGCAGCUUAGGGCCGCCAAACAGCGCCGAAAAGGCGAUCGUAUCGUCAUAGAAUGCCAGGAACAGGCGUACUGGCUCGUCAGCAAGCCAUCGCCCGGGUGUUUAAAUGUGAUGGAAUACGGUCCAGAAAAGGGAGACUGCUACACGGGAAGAAUGCAGCUUGGAAAGAAUGCAGAUUACUACAAAAGAGAGAUGGAGUAUUUGAGAAAGGCCAUGGCACGAACAAGGGUAAAAUCAUCCAUCUGUCUUGAAGGCUUCAUCAAAUUCAGUGAACAGUACCUACCACAUGACCCCAUCAUGUCUGGCUGUCUUCCUAGUAACCCGUGGAUUACUGACGACGUCACAUACUGGACAUUAAAUGCACCUAUGGUACCAAUGCCUACGAAGCUGCGGCUGGACCGAUGGACCUUCAAUUUCAUGGAGAUGCUCAAUGACCCGCGGGGCCGCAAGGAAUUUUUACAGUUCUUGGAGAAGGAGUUUAGCGCUGAAAAUCUCCUCUUUUGGGAGGCUUGUGAAGAUUUACGGUACGGAGAGCAGUCAAAAAACAUAUCCACUGUGCAGUCCGUAUAUGAGCAGUUUCUGGCCCCAGGAGCAAUACGCUGGGUAAACAUUGACAGCAAGACAAUGGAAAAGACACUAGAAGGUAUAAAGAACCCACAUCGGUACGUGCUUGAUGAUGCCCAAAUGCAUAUCUACAUGUUGAUGAAAAAGGAUUCUUAUCCUAGAUAUUUGAAAUCUGAAAUGUACAAGAAUCUUCUGGGUCAAGCUUUUAUCCCGCCGGAAACUAAGAAAGGCGUGUUUCCAUUCAUGAGAAGACAGCGUCACUCCAGUCCCAGCCCGGCCUUCCUAUUUCCGCCAGGAGACCAAGAAUCAAAGGCAGAUGGAGACAGCAGAGUGAACUCGCCGGCAGCCAUGUCACAGCUGUCCCCGCUAAGCAGUCCCUUGGCUAAGUUACCCGGAAACCUGUUGCCUGCUUGCCCCGAAGAACAACAGUCCUUGCACGGUGCCUCCUCUUCCUCUGCACACCUGGAAGCUCCUUCUACCUUCCCACCUCCCUCCGUGAAUGGCUCUGAGAGGAAUAAAAUCCCCCUUGAAUGCCAAAUAUACAUCGUAGACAAAGCUUUCGACAACCAAAAGGACCUGCGGAAACCUGAGGCGGACACGGAAAGCCUAGAAUCUUCUACCGUGUUUUGACAGCAAGACUGAUGCCUCCACUCACUUUCUUGUCUACCACUGGGUCAGGUGCCUUUAUA